CCUCCCCCCUGUCAAGGCGCCUCAUUUUCCCAGAAUGCACCGCUCAUCGUGUAUCCGCCAUAUUGCCUUCGCCUGAACGCGCUGGCUACAUAGUUGACCAACACCUGGAAAUAUUUGCUAAAAUGACUCAGACGGUUCAGACCAAUGGAGUCCAACCCCUCAGUAAAACUUGGGAACUGAGUCUGUAUGAGCUGCAGAGAACGCCACAGGAAGCUAUAACAGAUGGACUGGAGAUAGCUGUGUCACCACGGUCCUUGCACAGUGAACUAAUGUGUCCCAUUUGUUUGGAUAUGCUGAAGAACACAAUGACAACUAAAGAAUGUCUGCACCGUUUCUGUGCAGAUUGUAUCAUCACAGCCUUGAGAUCAGGAAAUAAAGAGUGUCCUACUUGUCGUAAGAAGUUGGUUUCCAAAAGAUCUCUGCGUCCAGACCCCAAUUUUGAUGCCCUAAUUAGUAAGAUUUAUCCCAGCCGUGAUGAAUAUGAAGCACACCAGGAGAGAGUGUUGGCACGCAUUAGCAAACACAACAACCAGCAAGCCUUGUCCCACAGCAUAGAGGAAGGGCUCAAGAUACAGGCCAUGACCAGACUGCAGCGUGGUAAGAGACAUCCGGUAGAGAACGGGAGUGGAGCAGAAGAUAACGGCGACUCCUCCCACUGCAGUAACGCCUCUGUCCACAGCAACCAGGAAGCAGGGCCGAGUAUCAAACGCACCAAGACGAGUGAUGACAGUGGUUUGGACAUGGAUAAUUCUGCUGAGAACGGAGGUGGAGACGCUGCCAUUGAUGGAGGAGCAAGUGAAAUAGAACUUGUGUUUCGGCCACACCCCACUUUAAUGGAGAAAGAGGAGGGUCACAACAGUAGCACCGAGUUUGUCCCACGCUACAUCAAGACAUCUGGUAACGCAACGGUGGAUCACCUGUCUAAAUACCUGGCUGUCCGGUUGGCUCUGGAGGAACUGAGAAGAAAUGCUGAGGCCAGUCCUGUGAAUGUGGAGGCAGCUUCAGAAAAACAGUACACCAUCUACAUCCCCACCGCUGGAAACCAGUUCACUGUCCUGAAUGGUUCCUUCUCUCUGGAGUUGGUCAGUGAAAAGUACUGGAAGGUGAACAAACCCAUGGAGCUCUACUUUGCCCCCACGAAAGAACACAAGUAGAUACAUGAUGUCACACAAAAGAAGACUCACACUCCAUAGUAGGAACUUUGUUACAUGUACACACAAACACAUACACACACAUGUGUACAAGCACUCAAACACAAACAAGAAGAGAGGAGUGUGUGUCUGAAGGUGGUUGGGGCAAGGUAGUAAAAAACAAACCUUGAAAAGACUCUUGUACAAAGUUAAAAAAAACAAAACAACAACAAACAAAUGUGUUUUAUAUACUCUGUAUCUUUUUGUGUUUACCCCAUCUUUCUCAGUAGAAGGUAGCAGAGCAGUGCUGCAGCUGGCAGGUGAACCACAUACUGUAUGAUGGACUCCUGGUAACAGUGACUGUAGAUCCUUUGGACUCUGUCCACAGUCUCAGUGAGAACACACUGUACCACUAUGGGGGUGGGUUGUUUUAGUGUGUUAGUCUUGAACAGGAGAGCCCUCUUAUACUACAUGAAGUACAGUAGUUUUUUUUUUCCAGUUAGGGGACAGCUCUUCAUCGCGGUACAGUUCAGUUGUAGUAUAUUAUGCAGUCAUUUUGGUUUGUGUUGAAAGUUAUAAACCUGAUUCAUAUAAAACUCAUUCAUACUGUCCCUGCUUUUUUGACAUGUCUUCUGUCCGGAUGCCCGGCACUCCAGCAGGGGAGUAAACAUAGUAAACAACAUGUUGACUAGUAAGCAGGUAGCCAUGACAUCAGGACGGUACACUGAGAAUGGGUGAGAGUGUGAGGUAAAGAAGACCAUUUUAAACUAAUGAAAGGACUCCAGGUUUUUUGCAUGUGUUUUUAUCAAAUAUAACAGUAUUUCAUGGAAAUAAGCAGCAACUAAGUGUUAAUAUACACACAUGUUUAUAUGUUUCCAUAUAUGUGGGUUUUAGCCUCAUUUAGGUAUUCUUGCACUUGCGUUUUAAAAGUUUUUUGAUAUAAGCCUCUGCUUUAUUUCCAUGGAAUACUGUACGGUGCCGUCACUCUGUGACUGCUGGGAUGAUUGGUUACAGCUCCCCCUCAUCCCUGUAAAGGAUUAAUGGACUGAAGAUAAAUGCUGUGAAUUACUGUAGUGCAGUAGUUUCUGUGUUAUCUUCUCAACACACUAUUGUCACCCCACGGACACACUCCGGAGUAAACCAGAUCAGGGUAUUUGUACUGUGAUGAGCUUCAAUUGGUUGAACAGUCAUUAAGCAGAGUGGGAUUUGUACUGACAACAUUGUGAAUACUCUCAUGUUACACACAAUGACCUGCUCCUGAAAGAGGAUUCUGUCAUUAAAGGAUUAGUUCAUUUGACACGGUCAGUGAUGGGGCCAAGAGCCACUGUUUUAGCUCUGUUAAAAUUUGAGGCACAAUUAUCAAACCAGCAGCAUCUGAGUCAUUUUGACAAAACUUCACAAAUACUGGACUUCAACCAGGCUAAAAACACUGAACUAAUCCUUUAAUACAGGAAAAGCUGAAACAUGAUCCUGUCAUUUUUCCCAGUGAACUAAACGUUUAGCUAGAAUGUAAUCACUGUCUCUUUGUGUUCCAUGAACUUUUGAAGCACUGUAAUGUUUCAUCCUAAAACAACUUUCCUUUUGUGAAGUUGUUCAUAAAAAAAGUUUACUUUGGAAAAAAAG